AUGAAAGUAAGUAGCUGGUCAUUUCAAGUGUUGUUUUUCUAGUAACAAACCAAGAUUGUUGUUAGCAGCAUUAAAAGUGACUACCUAGCCAGCAGAUCCGACCCAUUUUGCUUACAGCUGCACUAGGGUCGGACAGGCUCCUGUGUAGAAUUAGACACAGAGGAGCCUGUGCGAGAUAUGGCUCGGAAAACGUACUUCCAUCCAGGGAUGAGAAAUCAUUGCCCCCCCCCCCUCCAAAAUUGUCCCAUUACCUCAACUGUUAUACCAAGAAGUUUGAACGACUGCUAGUUUUCAAAUAAACUGCUUUUUUCGACCUCAAGCUAGCUAGCAGUAGCCACAGCAGCCAUUAUGGAAUGGCACGUCGCGUUGAACAACAAAGGAGCUGAUUGGCUGACACUGCGAUUCCAAAAUGGUUGCUGUGGCUUCUGCUACCUAGCACGAGGACGAAAAGGGCAGUUUUUCCGGAAAACUAGCAGUCGCUCAAUCUCAGUGUAACAGUUGGGAUAAUGGGACAAUUCGGAGUACAACACAUUUCUCAUUCCUGGAUUGAGGUACGUUUUCCAAGCUAUAUCUCGCGCCGGCUCUGCGGUGUCUUAAGGCUUCCGCAUGGUUCGGGUUGGCGAACUGAACGAGUGUGCUUGCAUACUCACUUAAGACCUUGCUUGAAAAUAAUACUGUUUGUCCAUCUUCAGACACUGUAGCCAGUAUACACUUCCUCAAAAUACUCAGAAUUGUUACGUUAAGAAAUCUGUCAUUAAUUUUGACGUUUUUGCAGAGGAGAUCUUAGCCGUGCAAUUUUACAUCUAAGAUGUUUGGUGCAGUAUUUCUCAAUGAAAAAAUGUGCAUGAAAACGAGUCAUCUAUCAUUGAACGACGACAAACACUUGAUUGAAGAAUCCCUACUGUUGACCAAUGACCGACGAAGGGGCGUAGACUUCGGCUCCGAACUAUGUCUUGCCUCGAGAAUUUAUUUUGUGAACGGACAGCCCCCAAAAAACCUUUCCGAAGACCAAAACAAACAAAAAUGUCACAAUGUUGUCAUAAUAUAUGCACGAACUGUUCCGACCUGUUUCGGAUGGGAAGCAUGCAGACGCCUUUACUCUACACAGGAAGCAUGUCCAACCCUAGUUCAUCUGUAAGCAAGCGGGUCGGAUCUGACUACCCAGCUUACCGUCUGCUGCUUUCUCACUAUUAGAUGAAGAUCUCAUCAAAUAUGGAUGGCCUGAAGACAUUUGGUGAGAAACUCAUAUCUAUCUAACUGUACGCUCUGGAUAAGAGCGUCUGCUAAAUGACUGAAAUGUAAUGUAAAUGUAUCUCUUGUAACUGAAACCAUGAGAUACAUUAUUGGGAUUUGACCAUUUGAUGAGUCUGACUGUGGUCGUAUGUAUACAUUACUCUAUGUAGUGUUGAAAAAUGUCCACCAGGUGGCCCUAGAGCUAGGCUAAUGGUGCAGUAGUCCUAUAUCAUCUAAUAGUGCUGUGGUAAUAUGCAUGUCAUUGAUUCUUUAAGUAUGGAUGUAUUAUUGCUGUUAUAAUAAUAAUUUCACUAUUUCCACAGGUUUCAUGUGGAUAAACUCUCUUCUGCCCAUGUGUACCUUAGAAUGCCUAAGGGACUGACAAUUGAGGAUAUUCCCAAGGAAGUCUUGAUUGACUGUGCACAGCUUGUGAAAAACAACAGCAUCCAAGGUAAUACAUUGAGUGGCCCGGUGAGUUUGAUAAGAAUAAUAGAAUAGUAAUGUACAAUCUCACAAACAUCUCCAGGAAACGUUGUGAUAUCCGUUUAUCUCAGGUUGUAAAAUGAACAACAUCAAUGUUGUCUACACACCAUGGGCCAACCUAAAAACAGGGGACAUGGAUGUAGGCCAAAUAGGUUUCCAUCGACACAAGGUGGUCAGUGACUUCUCUCUUCUGGCAAAAUGCGUCUGUGUAACUUUCAGAUCUGUUAGGCUAGUUUUAUAGGUCUCAGCUUUCAUUGUUAAUAUGUUUAGUUUCUAUUGGUUUUCUAUUUUGGUAAUUUCUAUGAAAUGAUCAUUUUGACUUUGGCUACUGUUUUGUAGGUGGAAAUUGUGGCAGUAGAGAAGAAAGUGAAUGAGAUUGUGAACAGGUUGGAGACAAAAGAGGAGCGAUACCCUAAUCUAGCAGCAGAGAAAGAGUCUCGAGAUGGGGAGGAGAGAAACGAGAAGAAGGCCCAGAUACAAGAUCUGAAAAAUAAGGAGAAUGAUGACAUAAAAAAGAAAAGAGAGCUGGAUGAGCUCAAGUAAGUUCUCUUAUCUCUAUCCUAUACUACUCUAUCCAACCCUAGCUACUUCAUCUCUCUUCGACUGUCAUCCCAAAACACUGAAUAGUCACUUAUGUGAAUGAUAAACUCACGCAGUAAUUGUCCCUUAACAGGAGUUAUUCUUCGCUGAUGAUGAGUGACAAUAUGACAACAAAUGAGGUGAGUUGAUUAACAUAAUCUAAACGGAUGUGUAGUCUGCUUCUUUCAGAAAUAGACUGUCCUAUUAAUUGUUUAUAUGACAGUGUGUUGUAAUAUGACCAUAUAAUUAUACAUUUCAGACAUAAUGAAUCUUUUUCAGGAUGGAAAUGAUUCUGAUGACUUCAUGUAAAAGGACAAUAUGGGACAUCGGACAUACGCCACCACCUGCAAGUAAACAUUGUUGGGUUGGCCCUGCACUGGUAUACCAGACAGUGCUUUGACAUUGGAUAUAGAUCGAUAAACUUGCUACUGUAUUUUUGGAACAGUACUCGUGCCAAUUUUACAAAAUUUCAGGACUAUCUCUGAACAGCUUGGUUUCGCUACGCUUCUUGAAUUUCAAAGGAUAACAUUCCAACAGCGUUGAUCUCUUGUGUACUGUACGUCCUCUGCUUGACUGACAAGAGGGUAACAAGAACCCCUGAUUCCUCAGACAACUGCUGUCAAUGAUUUAGUCUUGGGACAGCUAUUCCUUACAUGCUCUAUGAUCUAAUUCAGUAUUGUUGCAUGUUGACCUAAUGAUAUGGAUGAAUAUAUGAUCUCCUGACCAGUAUGUCUAGCUAUGGGUGAAAUGAAAUGAGUAUGUACAUUUUAUUGUUAUAAUUUACCUGGCCAAUGCUGCAGACCUUGUCCUGGCCAGAGACUGGAGCAUGUGAAUUGUGUCCUUGUGAAGCCAUGCAUAAGAAGGUUUGUCAUGGAUGUUGCUUGGAAAUAAUUGAAAGAUAGCUGACGUUAUGAAUAAAAAUCCCCUUGUUUAUCAACGCAAA